AUGUCCAAAAAUGCCCUUGUAAUAGGCUGCGGCUUUGCUGGCCUCGCCACUCUAUACGAAUGUCUCGCCGAGGGAUUGAACAUCACUUGUGUAGAAGCUAGCGACUCAUGCGGUGGACAUUGGUAUUCUGAAGAUGCUAGCCUUUCACCUUCAGCAGCAUCUCCAUCCUCUUCUGUGUACCAGAGUACACCUAAACAUACUACUUCUACUACUACUGCUACUACUGCUACUACUGCUACUACUGCUACUACUGCUACUACUGCUACUACUGCUACUACUGCUACUACUACUACUACUGCUACUACUGCUACUACUGCUACUACUGCUACUACUGC